AUGGCGAAGAGGGCCUCAAAGGCCAAGUGCCGCCACCGGAUGCUGGCGGUCCCGGUGGUGCAUCAUUCUUCCAAACGGGGGAUGGGCCGAAUUGGUAAUGGAAUGAGGGGUGGUUCGAGAUUUUCCGGUGGAUCAAUGUUCGGUGAUGACGUCUUUUGCUCUUUUGGGGAGGGUAGACCGAUGAGUAUGGGUUCAAGAAAGGUUGCACCAAUCGAGCAGACGUUGCCUUGCAGCUUGGAGGAACUGUACAAAGGAGCCGCGAAGAGGAUGAAAAUUUCUAGAGAGAUAUAUGAUGCAAGUGGGAAAACCUUACCAGUUGAAGAAAUCCUGACGAUUAACAUAAAACCCGGCUGGAAAAAGGGGACUAAAAUCACGUUACCGGAGAAAGGAAACGAGCAGCCCAACAUCAUCCCUUCAGACUUGGUCUUCAUAAUUGAUGAGAAGCCGCAUAGUGUGUUCACUAGAGAUGGAAAUGACCUUGUCGUCACUCAGAAAAUAUCUCUUGUCGAGGCUUUAACGGGCUACACAGUCCACCUCGCGGCACUUGAUGGUAGAAAACUCACUAUACCUAUAAACGCUGUGAUUAAUCCCAACUAUGAGGAAAUCGUGCCUCGAGAAGGUAUGCCUAUUCCUAAGGAGCCUAGUAAAAGAGGGAGUUUGAGGAUCAAGUUCGACAUUAAGGUUCCAACUAGGCUGACGAGCGAACAAAAAUCUGGCAUAAAGAAAUUGUUUUCGUCGUGA